CAGCAUGAUGUCAUUGUUAAAAACGAGGAAAACUCUGCGAUCAUUGUGCAACAUUGGAACCGAAAAUCUGCCGAAAUUGCUUGCGUUGUAGGAUUGCCAGUAUCGUUUAAAUUUAGUUCCGGAAGCAACGACUGCAUGAAUUUAGGAUAAUAGAAGCAGUUGGGGUGAAUCCCCUGUCUUUGCUCAGCAUAAGCAUGGAGGAUUAUGACUACUUAUUCAAAAUUGUGCUGAUAGGAAAUGCAGGAGUGGGCAAAACCUGUCUCGUUCGACGUUUCACUCAGGGCCUGUUCCCCCCUGGACAAGGUGCCACCAUUGGAGUUGAUUUCAUGAUCAAAACUGUUGAAAUAAAAGGAGUAAAAGUAAAGCUGCAGAUCUGGGACACAGCCGGGCAGGAGAGGUUCCGCUCAAUCACCCAGAGUUACUACCGUAGUGCCAACGCUCUCAUACUCACCUAUGACAUCACCUGUAAGGAUUCCUUCCGAUGCCUUCCGGAGUGGUUGCGGGAGAUUGAACAGUAUGCCAACAACCAGGUGGUGACAAUCUUAGUAGGGAAUAAAAUAGACUUGGCUGAUAAGCGAGAAGUCCACCGGCAGCUAGCGGAGGAGUUUGCAGAGGCACAGAGUAUGCUCUAUCUGGAGACCUCUGCAAAAGAAUCAGACAACGUGGAGAAGCUCUUCUUGGACCUGGCCUGCGAACUGAUCCGCGAAGCCAAGCAAAACACGUUGGACAACAACGACUCCACCCCCAUGCCUGGAGAAGGGAAGAACAUCAAUUACUUGAGUUGCUGCAGCAUAAACUAGAACACUUGGCCAUGCUGUCUGGCUGAGGAGACAGCAUGGAUUGCAUAAAAAGUGGUUGUAUUGUUGGUGACUGCUAAAUAGUGGCAGUGGUUAGCUACUCUUUGACACUGCUGUUGAAGUCUACUUCAGUUACCCUUGAAACCCUGGGUAUUUUAAACUGUGAUCACUGUACUUUAGAGAAAAAAUAUAUCAAGAUUAGACAAAUUAUGCUGCUUUCGGGGGACCGAAGCUCUUAGAUGCUUUUGGAGAGACAAAUAAGGACCUUGCUACAAAAUAAUGCUUGCUGAUAGUUUAGACAAUUAGAUUUUUUACACUUCUGUACAAUGCAACAGUUGGGAUUUCCCUGCUGACUUGGGAGCCAAUGCAUUUGUUUAUUAGAGAUUUGAAAAAACAAGAAUGCAGGUCUUAAUCAGCAAUUUCACUCGCUUAAGGAUAAGUUCACCCAACAUGAAUACAUAUAAUUUACUCAACAUCAUGUGGUUCCAAAUACCUAUGGGUUUCUUUUUAACUUUUGAUGAAUAUCCUGGUUAUUUUCCAUAUAAAGUGAAUGGGGACUAGGGCUGUCAAGCUCUAAAAUGAAAAACAGCACCAUAAAAGUAAUCCUUACAACUUGUGCGCUAUAUUUAAGUCUUCUGAAGCAUUACAUAGUUUGGUGUGAUUAACAUACCAAAUUUUGGUGUGUUGUUAUUCAUUGAAAAUCUUCCUCUAACCAGUAGCUUUCAAAUCUGUGAAAUCUCAUUCACACUUCUGCUUAUUUAUACUAUUUGUUUGCCAAACACGUGAGAACCAAUGAUGUUUGGUGUCUGACGUUGACCAGGUGUGUGAAUUACUUUUAAGAGCUAUAGAGGAGAAGAUUAUCAAUUAAUAACAACUUAUUUCUUUAGGAGGAAAGAAAGUCAUACAGAUUUGGAAAUGAAUUGGAUUUUCAUUUUUUGGUUGAACUAUUCCAUUACAUCAUUGGUGCAAUGUUGGUGUGUUGGUAUGCACACAUUUAUUAUUUAUUCACACAAAAUGCUCUUCCUUGCUUGUGGGAUCAUUUGAGGUGGCUUAUGCAUGCUGAUUUUUAAUGAAGAUCUCAACAAUGCAGUCUGUGACAGGAUUAUGUAAAGUACAACAACUUAAUCCUCAUUUAGUCAGUUUGUUUAUAUCAUACACUCCCCUUAUGCUUGCAUGGAUGUGUGGUUGUUUAAUACUCAACACAAAGGCCAUGUCAUUUGAAAAAUCAUAGCAAAACCCAAUGUGCCUCUGCCAUAUUUCCAUCCUGUCAUCAUGUCAAGUACCCAGGUCAUGUUUCACCUCAAAAAUUGAAAGGAAAACAAUAUGAAAUUAUAUUUUACAUAAAGAAAAUUAGGCCUUUUUAAGACCUUUAAGAUUAUUUUGCAUUGUUUUUUUAUUUUUUAUUUUUUUAUUUACAUGACAAUUAAUCACAUUUCCUCCCAAAUGUACUGUAAUUAGACCGUUGGGUUUUUCAAUGGCAAAUGCUGAUAUCAAUACAGAUACUGAGGUAUCAGUUUUGUUAAUUGAUCAUUGUCCCAUGCCAUAAUCUUAAAGUGGCCAAAUAUUAACCAUGUAGUCUGUCUGGCCAAUAUAUCAGUCUAUCACUAACUGGUGAUUAGGGCUGCCCCAUGAUAGCUGACCAAAGGUUAGUCUAUGAGAAGAGUCUUGGUUGACCAAGUUUUGAUUAGUAGGUUGGUCGCAGAAAAACUCCACAGGAAACUGAAGAACACUGGUUUUAACUCUGGUUGGACGCUAGGUGGUACUAUGGGGUAAUUUUCGUUAAGCAUGGUUAGGGUUAAGCCUACACAAUAAAGCAAGACACCUUGAUUUCAAACUUUGAACUUUAUUUUUUAUUUAUUUUAACUAAAAAUUAAAAUGAAACUGGAAAAAAAAUAAGUGCAAUUAAAAUGUGUGGUGUUCAACUUUUUGAAAGAUGGCUUUACAGCACUUACUUCAUCUGUGCAUUCUCUACCCGUCGGGUAUUUCGUGUCGUGUGUGUGUGUGUGUGUGUGUGUGUGUGUGUGUGUGUGUGUGUGUAUAUAUAUAUAUAUAUAUAUAUAUAUAUAUAUAUAUAUAUAUAUCGCAAUAUCCAAUUACAUCGGCAACCCCUGGGCUGAGGGAUCGGUGAAUAUUCUUGCUUUAAAGAUUUUGCAUUGAAAAUGUAAUUAAUUUAUUAAAAAACUAAAAAGUUAAAUCAAAUACAAUUUCUAAAUUCAAAUUGCACUAUAAACGAAAAGAAAAAACAAAAUAAUUAAGUGAUAAAAGAAUAAUAU